AACAGUCCAGUAAAAUUCGAAAUGAAUUCAUAAAAUCUCAGCAUAUAAAUUUGAAUAAAUAUACAAUAAUCAUAAUAACAAUAACAUUAAUUAUAAUUGAUCGUCUAAGAUCACGACAAUCAUAAUUACUAAUAAAAUUAACAAGAAAAUGAUUAAAAAUAUGUAUCGGAACAGUAAAAAAAUAAUAUUAUUCGGCUGUCCAUGUGCCAGCGCGUAUAUCGUUUACCAUUACUGGAAAAAACGACAAUUAAAACCAAUUGACGAAGGGUUUGAAGAAGUUGCCAAGAUAAUAAAAUUGGAUGAUAGGAAUAGUAAAGAACUUUGUAAGUUAUUUAAAGAAUUACGUACUACGGAUUCUUCUUACUCAUGGAGAAACGAUACUCAAGAUAACAAGAAACCGCCAACAUUCAGCUCAUGGAGCGGUAAUUCUCAAAAAAUUAAAAAUGAGAUAUCAGCAUUCAGGGGUCCGUCGUGCUUCGGAAGUAAUUUGUUAAUUAAACUUAGAGUUAAUAACUCUAAAGAAAACAAUAACGAAAAAUUGGCAUUCAGCUCAUUGAGAAAUAAUUCUAAUGAAAAUAAGAAUGAGCAAUCAGCAUUCAGCUCAUUGAGAAAUAAUUCUAAUGAAAAUAAGGAUGAGCAAUCAGCAUUCAGCUCAUUGAGAAAUAAUUCUAAAGAAAAUAACAAUGAGCAAUCAGCAUUCAGUUUUGACGUUUUAUAUUCUGAUGAAGAAUUAAAAAAAGAGUUUUUCUAUCAAAUAUUUGAACGGGAUCUGUCAUCGUUAAACGAUAAUCGAUACAAUAAAAAUACACCACCAUAUGCAGUCAAUUCAAUAAAAAUGUCUCCAAUAAAAUUAAACUAUUCAUCUUAUAAAGAAUACCAACAGAUAAUGUUGCCAUUUUUAAUUGACGAAUUUUGGUAUUCAUUAAAAAAUGAUAUUUUAGAAAAAACAAAAAACGAAAUCCAUGACAAAAGUGUUGCUGGAGAUGUAAUUGAACAUAGUUUCGAAACUGUAUCAAUUGACAGUGAUAAUGGUAAAAAACUUCACAAAAUCACCCGAUUUGAAUUAACAGCGACAGUGCCACGCUGUGAUAAAGACGAAGAUAAACCUCAUCGCGAUUUAAAUAUUGAAGAUUUAUAUCCAAGUCGGGGUGAUAUAGUUAUCAUUUAUCGUUCAUCUAAACAUCCAAUACAAUUCGCAUAUAUAGAAAAAUCAGAUAAUCGAACUACAUCAAAAAAUGAUAAGGAUUAUGAGAUUUUGACAUAUACGUUGAUAACUAAAUUCAGUUCAAGCCUUAAACUAUCUGGUUAUUUAACAAUAACACCUGUGACUUGGAUUUUAUCUAGUCUAGCAUUAGUAGAUUCAUUGGGAUAUAUACCUCAGUCACCUCUAAUUAAUGCCAUUUUAAAACCAGACUUCGAUUCAUAUAAAAUGUUAUCGACAAUUAAUAGUAUUCCUACAGCAACAGAGGAAACGCUUAAUUCAAAACAAUUAGAAGUUUUGUCAAGAGUUGUAACAACGAUUGAAGACAAAUAUACUCCUGGUAUAUGUUUAAUACAAGGACCACCGGGUACCGGUAAAACCAAAGUAAUUAAAAAUAUUAUUGCAACAAUCUUAAGUCGGAAAAGUGCAACUCGAAUAUUAGUUUGUGCCCCAUCUAAUAAAGCUAUUGACGAAAUAGUUAUUAGAUUAUUGGAAAUACAACCAAAGAUGGAAGAAAAAAAGGUGCCAUUUGAAAUUGUACGAGUAGGCCGAGAGGAAAAAAUUCAUCAAUCGGUUCAAAGUGUAUCUUUGGUUAAACUUGCAAAGAGUAAAAAAAAUAAAUUUUUAUCUAGUAAACGACAGCAAGAUAACGAAGAGUGCAUUCUCCAAUCUGCAAAUAUUAUUGCUUGUACUCUAACUUCCUGUUGGACUAGUUACCGAAUGAAGGCAGUAUUCAGUAAUGGAAACUGUAAAAUUCCUCUAUGUAUAAUUGACGAGUCUGCUCAGGCAACUGAGCUAUUAACAUUAAUCCCAUUAAUGUUGAAUAUACAGAGAUUAAUUUUAGUCGGAGACCCUCAGCAAUUGCCUCCGACUGUUAUAUCGCAGAAAGCAAAAGAGUAUGGAUACGACCAAUCGCUUUUUGCGAGAAUUCAAAAAAUAUUUGAGGUCAAGUCGAAAAAUCCAAUAAUUAUGUUGGAUACGCAAUAUCGAAUGGUUGAAGCAAUUUCUCAAUGGCCAAAUCGUUAUUUUUAUAAAGGAGCCAUAAAAAAUGCGGCUUCAGUAGAAGCUUUAAAUUUUUGUAAUUAUAUUGUAUUUAAUCAUUCGUAUUCACAAGAUUCUGAUAGAUCUUCUAAUCCUUCUGAAGCAGAGCUUGUACAGAAUAUAGUUAAUGUCCUAAAAGGGUCUCUAAAAUUGUAUAAUUCAUACAGUGAAAAAUGUAUUGGUGUCAUUACACCGUACAAAAGGCAACGGGAUUUAUUAAAUGAACUUAUAAAUCCAUUAAAGGAAGAAAAAAAAAUGAAAAAGAAAAGUGGUGUUAAAACCAAUAAUCGUGAUCGGAAAAAAGAUGAAGUUAAUAAAAAAAAUUUUGAUAGUAAUGAUAAAAAGGAAGAUGAAAAAGAAAAAAAAGAAAAUAAAAUUGAUGUAAAUACAGUAGAUAGUUUUCAAGGAUCAGAACGUGACGUAAUUAUUAUGUCAUGUGUAAGAUCCAAUGGAAUUGGAUUUGUAAAAGAUCCAAAUAGACUCAACGUUAGUUUAACGAGAGCUAAGCAUACUUUAAUAUUAUGCGGCAAUUUUAAUGAGUUUAAGCAAAAUAAAAUGUGGAAAAAUCUUUUACAAGAUGCUAAAGCAAGAGGCUUCUAUCAUAACAUUUCAAAAGAUGAUUUAAAAUCUAUAACGAAACAUUUAAUUAUCGAUCGCGGAAAGGGUUUAUCUUAAAAUAAAUAUUUUUAAAGUUUUUGUUUUAUAUUAUAAUAAUUUUUAUUACUUAUUAAUAUUGUUCUUCUUUAUAAAUUAUAAUGUUUCAAGAAUAUUUUUAUUGAUACGCUUAAGAAAGUUAUUUUUACAUAAAGAAAAAGCAUAAAUAAAUAUUUCAGUAUUAUGAGUUGUCAUAUUUUUUUAAUGAUUCAUCUCAUCACUACAGUGUAUAGAAAAAUUUUUUUUUUUUCAUUUGUCAAGACGAAGGCAAUGACGUCAGUUUAUUCUACAGAAAAUUUUUUUAACUCCCAAAUAAACAUUUAGUAUCAAAAAACUCAUACAUGAAAAAAGGUUAAAUGUGGGGCAAAAUGAGUUUCUUU